AUGGGAGGAGUUGGGGAGAAUAUUUUAACGGGGGUGAUGAGCACCGUGGUCGGCAAGCUCACUAGCCUCAUCGAGAAGAAGUACACCGAGCACAAGAACGUGAGGAAGAAGCUGGAGCAGCUCAGGAAGGAGCUGGUGGCCAUCAACCUCGCGCUGGAGAAGCUCGCGGCCAUGGAGAACCCAGACGCGCAGGCGAAGGCCUGGGCGGCGGAGAUGCGCGAGCUGGCCUACGACUUGGAGGACAGCAUCGAUCUGUUCACCCACCACGUCGACCAUGAGCCGAUGGACACCACCACCGGAGUCAAGAGAUUCUUCCGCAACAAGAUCAGAAAGCUCAAGAAACUACACUACCGCCAUAGGUUUGCCAAGGAGAUCCAAGAACAUUUUGAUCUUGUCAACGAAGCACACGGGCGUAGAAAGAGAUGCAAGAUUGACGAGCGCAGCUUCUGCAGUUCUAGCAUCUCGUGCGCGGAGAUCGAUCCUCGGUUACAGGCACUGUACGUGGAGGUGGAGAAACUCGUGGGCAUUGAAAAACCAAGCAACGAGAUCAUUGGUCGGCUCGUCGGCGAGAACCUAGCAAAGGGAUGUAGGAUUGUCUCCAUUGUUGGAUCUGGAGGUUCAGGCAAGACUACGCUAGCAAAACAAGUGUACGAGAAAAUCAAGGGUCAGUUUUCUUGUGCAGCUUUUGUGUCUGUAUCACAGAAACCCAACAUGAAUAACCUUCUACGUGACUUACAAUAUCAAACUGGAGUUAAAGAAUGGAUGGCAAUGGGAUCUUGCAGUGACCUACAACUGAUCGACCAACUAAGAUCACAUCUCGAAAAUCAAAGGUAUCUUGUUGUGAUUGAUGACGUUUGGACAGAGGAAGCAUGGCAAUACAUACAAUAUGCUCUUCCUAAAAAUGCCUGUACAAGUAGAAUAAUCAUGACGACACGCAUCAACAGUGUAGGACAGUUGUGCUGCACUUCAGAUGAGGGCUUUCUUUAUCAAAUGAAACCUCUUAGCAGAAGUGAUUCUGAAAAUUUAUUUCUCAAAAUGACACUUUGUGCUGAUGAAGAUAGGUUUCCUAUUCAACUGGAGGGGAUAAAAAAUGAUAUACUUGAAAAAUGCGAUGGUUUGCCAUUGGCUAUUAUUACUCUAGCUAGUUUGUUAGCUAAUAAACCGAGAACAAAGGAAGAAUGGGAGAGAGCACUUAAUUCUAUCCGUUAUAUGCAUGAAAAAGACAGUGGGAUGGAAGUAAUAGAUAAGAUACUUACUCUGAGUUACAACGAUCUACCGUACCAUAUGAGAAAUUGCUUACUGCAUCUCAGUACAUUUCCAGAGGAUCAUGAGAUUUACAAAGAUAUAUUGCUAUGGAGAUGGAUAGCCGAAGGAUUUGUCACUGAAAAACAAGGUUUUACUUUGGAGCAAGUUGCUGAGAGUUACUUUUAUGAGUUUAUAAAUAGGAGUUUGAUACAGCCCAUAACCUUGGUUCCAAGAUUUGGAAUGUACACGGUAGAAGAAGGAUGUCGAGUCCAUGAUAUUGUAUUGAACUUCCUCAUCUCUCGGUCAGCUGAAGAAAAUUUUGUAACUAUGUUGGAUGGCCAGGGUAUUCCAUCUUCAAAUCAAAGGAUUCGUCGGCUCUCUGUCUGGUACAAUUCAAUACAUGCACAGGCAGUCUCUCGAGGAACCAUGAAUCUGUCUCAUCUCCGUUCAAUUAGUAUAUGCGAUGUUGGAGGAUGGACGAUGCCUCCUGUUUUGGACCUACCUAUUCUUCGGGUGUUAGAUAUAGAGGAAUACAAUGAUUUGAGGAUUCUUGAUCCUGAUGGCAUUAUAAUUUUAUUUCAACUGGGGUUUCGGAGGUUCUGUAGAUCAAAUGGUGUCACGCUACCAGCCCAAACAAGGAAUCGGAUUGUUGAUCCUGAUUGCAUUUUAAGUUUAUUCCAUCUGAGAUAUCUGAGGUUUGGUGGAGCAAUGGGUGUCACACUACCAGCUCAAAUUGGGACUCUACAGUAUCUGCAGACUCUUGAUUUAAGCGGAGCUAGCGUAACACAGUUUCCAGAAAGUAUUGUUCAGCUCAAGCGACUGAUGUGUCUUGUUGGGUACCAACUCAUGAUGCCAGAUGGGUUUGGUAACAUGGAAUCCCUUGAAGAGUUAGGGAAUCUAGAUGGCUGCAACUGCUCCAUAAAUUUUGGGGAAGAUCUAGCACUUUUGAGCAAGUUGAGGGUACUCCGAGUGACGUUCAUGUGGAACAGAACAAGUGAUCUGGGAGCUAGAAAGGAAUCUUUGAUUUCAUCUCUCUGCAAACUCGGAGGAAACAACCUUCAGUCUGUCUAUAUUUAUGACAAUGUUGGUGGUGGAGAUUGUCUUGUGGAAUCGUGGUACCCUGCACCAUGCCGCCUCCAAAAGUUUAUUCAUAUCAGUAAAUACUCCAGGUUUCCGAAGUGGAUUAAUCCCAGUCUUUGUGAUCUCACCUACUUGGAUAUACUUGUUCAGAAGAUGGAAAGGGAAUAUCUGCGUAUUCUUGAAGAUUUGCCUGCCAUUCGUGUCCUAUACCUUGAUGUGAAGGAAGUUGCAGAAGAUGGACUCAUCGUCAGUUACGGUGCAUUUCGAAGUCUAACAUGUUUCCAAUUCUAUAAUGUAGACGGACCUGGUUUGGUAUUUGAAGGAGGUAUGCGAAUGCUGGAAUGGCUUAGGCUCGGAUUCGACGCAGAUAAAGCAGUUUCAACACGUGGCAGUUUAGAGAGUGGCAUUGGGCACCUCUCAAAUGUUAAACGUAUCGGUCUUACUAUCCGGAUGAUUUCUGAAGGUGAAAAUGAUCCCGCGGAGAAGGCCGUCAAAUCUGUCAUCAAUGGCCAAGUAAAUAUGCUUCCCAACUGCGCCACAGUGGACAUUGGAUUUAGUAGACGGAGUCGGUUUUCACCUGGCAGGUACAAUAGGGCCACAUAG